AUGUCUGAGUUUGACCCCAGCACGCAUCCUCAUCGUCGAUUCAACCCUCUCACGAAAGAGUAUAUCUUGGUGUCACCCCAUCGCACUAAACGACCAUGGCUCGGUCAGACGGAGCCUCCGCAAACAGCAAGCCUCCCAGAGUACGACCCCGCAUGCUACCUUUGUCCUGGAAACUCUCGGAGCAGCGGCCAGAAAAAUCCUCUCUACAAGGACACGUUCGUCUUCGAGAAUGACUUUGCGGCCCUGUUGUACCCGCCUUUGCCGCAUACCGCACCCCCUGCUCACCCAUUGAUGAUAGCAGAACCACUGCAUGGCGCGUGUGAUGUGGUCCUUUUCCAUCCCAAACAUAACCUCACGAUGGCCCGUAUGCAAUUGGAGGAAAUUGGAUAUGUCAUUGAGGAAUGGAUCCGCAUAUACAAAGCAAGAGGGUCUGAACCUGGCAUAAAAUACGUCCAAAUUUUUGAGAAUAAAGGGGCUAUCAUGGGAUGUUCUAACCCCCACCCACACGGUCAAGUGUGGUCCUCAUCCGAGGUCCCCACUAUACCUGCACAAGAAUUGAGGUCCUUGAAAGAAUAUGCGUUUACGAAACCAGCUGGUGGAACCGCCCCUCGAGGUUUUGAGGGUAAACCCUGUCUUCUCUGCGAAUAUGCACACGCAGAAAUGGAGGCUCCAAAAGAUAAUGGCCGUGUCGUCGUUUCCAAUGACCACUGGGUAGCAGUCGUUCCGUGGUGGGCGACUUGGCCAUUCGAAAUUCUACUUCUACCAUACCGACGACACAUUGGAUCUAUCAGUGAUCUUUCUGACGCGGAGAAGACAACUUUUGCGGAAAUACUCUCCAGGAUAACCAAGCGUUACGACAAUUUGUUUUCAUGCUCAUUUGCGUAUUCUAUGGGAAUACAUCAGCGGCCCAUUCCCAUAAAAGUUGGUGAAUCUGACGAUGCAGAUCAUGACUAUGAUUUUGCCCAUCUUCACGUCCACUUUACACCACCUUUGCUAAGGAGUGCAACCGUCAAGAAGUUCCUGGUUGGGUACGAGUUGAUGGCUGAAGCUCAACGAGAUUUAACAGCGGAGCAAGCAGCAGAUAGGCUCCGAAACUGUAGCGAAAUUCACUACCUCGAUGCCCCUCGGACAUGA